AUGCGCGAUUCCUCUCGAUCUUUGAAGAUGGAACAACACGAAGCAGCCGUCAGCCAGAUCGCUGCCUCUGUACGAGCUUUAUAUGUUCGGCGAGAGCCCUUCUGUAUAUAUCACGGUCCGACCAACAGUACACGACCCAUCAAGAAAGACUGCGUUGUAGACAUCAGCGCGUUGUCAAACGUUGUCAAAAUUGACCCGGCGUGCAAGGUUGCAACUGUGGAGCCAAAGGUCUCGAUGGAUAAACUGGUAGAGGCAACUCUAGAAUAUGGGUUAAUCCCACCAGUCGUUAUGGAAUUUCCUGGAAUCACCGUCGGCGGCGGCUACGCAGGAUCUGCUGGAGAGAGGAGCUCUUUCAGGUACGGUUACUCUGACCAAACUGUCAACUCUGUGGAGAUGGUCCUGGCAAUAGGGAUUGUUACUGCGUCCAGAAAUGAACGCCCGGAACUCUUCAAAGCUGCAGGCGGAGCUCUGGGAACUCUGGGAAUCACCACUUUGCUUGAAUUACAGCUUCUCCCAGCCAAGAAGUUUGUUAAAACUACGUAUUAUCGAAGUAACAAUGUACAUGAUACCAUCAAAGUUAUUCGGCAAGAAACUGAAAACACUUCCAACGACUACGUUGACGGCAUUAUCUUUUCCAAAUCCCAUGGAGUCGUGAUUACGGGUCAGUUAACAGACGAAACUCCUGGCUCAAUUAAGCCACAGACAUUCAGCAAGCCCUGGGACCCCUGGUUGUACCUUCAUGUGAAGGACAAAACCGACACUGAAUCGCCAGUCAUCGACUAUAUUCCCCUUGCUGAAUACCUCUAUCGAUACGACCGCGGCGGCUUCUAG